AUGUCUGAAGAAGUUGAAAUGAAUGUUGAAAAUGAGGAAGAUGUUGACGUUAAAGUUGAUUGCUCUUAUGUCUUUAAUUCUUCUCAGUUGUUUGGUAGCCGUGAUGAAGUUUUACAAUGGGCUCGAUCAUUGGGCCAUGACAUUGGAUUUGUUGCCAUUAUAAUGAGGUCAGACACCAAUAUUGGUGUUCGAGGAAGAACCUCAUUUCUGUUGAUAGCUUGUGAAAGGAGUGGGGAGUAUAUGCCUAAGAAACAUAAUUUGGUAAGAACAUGCACUCGCAGUAGAAAAUGUUCGUUUAAGUUGCGUGCGAAGCCAGUUUCGAGAGGAGACAGAUGGAUGGUGAAGUUAAUUUUUGGGGUUCACAAUCACGAAAUGGCAAAGUCAUUCGUUGGGCAUCCAUAUACGGGUCGACUGACAAAGGAUGAGAAGAUUGUUGUUGCUGAUAUGACGAAGUCUAUGGUGAAGCCAAGAAAUAUUUUGUUGACAUUUAAGGAGCACAAUGACAACAGUUAUACAACAAUCAAACAAAUUUACAAUGCGAGACAUGCUUACCAUUCUUCCAUAAGAAGGAGUAACACUGAAAUGCAACAACUGAUGAUGUUGCUUGAUCGAGAUCAAUAUAUUCAGUGGCAUAGGCUGAAGGAUGAUAAAGUUGUACGUGACUUAUUCUGGAGUCAUCCUGAUGCAGGUCUUUUCAUGAGAGUUGAUGCACUCCCCAGGGUUAUUCUCACUGACAGGGAUUUGUCUUUGAUGAAUGCAUUGAAAACUGUAUUCCCAGAUGCUACGAACUUGCUGUGUCGGUUCCACAUUGACAAGAAUAUGAAGACAAAGUGCAAAACCCUGAUUGCUCAAAAGAAUGCAUGGGAUUAUGUGAUGGAGGCUUGGGAGAGUUUGGUUGAUUAUCCCAAUGAGAGUUCUUUUGAUGAGUACCUUAAAAACUUUGAAAUGGCUUGCUCUUCGCGGCCUAUGGUUGAGAGUGUUCAUUGGUCACUAAAGAGACUUCUACAAAACUCUGUUGGUGACAUAUGCAGUGUUUGGGAAGCAAUGAAUAAUAUGAUGACACUUCAACACACCCAGAUUAAAGCAUCUUUUGAGACAAGCACACACGUGGUUGGGCAUGUGUUUAAAGCAAAAACCCUUCACGAUGUGGAUGUGUCAUGA